CCGCAGAAUCACAACACCCAUCGAACUGCUCACAAAAGAGCCCUCGGGCAACCUUUAUUCUCGCUACGAGAGAGGAACCGAAAGCAGAAAGCAGUCUGGUCGGUCGUACCAUCGCUUCAGUACCCCGUAACAUGUUGAACGACUUGGCCAGCCGUUUCCGUGAAUCUAUCAUUUUAAUUUACAACACACCAUCAUAAAACAUCUAGCUGGCCGAGCAGCGACAAAAGAAGUACCACCCGGUGGGAGGUGGAAAUUUAUCUGUGAUAUGAAUGUAAUGAAGAUUCUGUGAAGUUGUGAUAAAGUCAAGAAAACCAACUCGAGCUGUUUAUGGCGUGGUGUUACCGCGAAACUUGUUAAAUAACAGUGAAGGUCGAGACGAAGAUAAAAAGUGAUAUUACAUCGCUAUUUUCGCAUGAGUGACAGUGUUGAAUAUUCCAAUUUUAAAAGCAGCAUAGUUGGAUUACCUUUGUUAUCUGUUGACAACUACCUGGAUUUUUAAACAUGGAGAACUCAAAUCCACUCCCAUUCCACCAAAAUGGAUUCAAGAAUUGCCACUAAUGACUCGCAACACCACAGUAUCAAAGACAGUGUUGCAAAUCAAACAGACAGUGGGUGUGAAACCAAGUCAUUGGACGGUUCACAAAUUGGAGAUAUCGUAAAAACAAACUCGUUCGAUAGCUCACCAGCCAAAGAAGAUGAAGGCGACAUUGUCAUUCUAAGAAGGGACCCGGCUCUGAAUCGAAGACGCGUAGACAGUGCAGCAUAUGCGAAACUACAGCGUUCUUUAUCGCCUUCAAGAAACAGUGACACUCUCACCACACUGAAGGAGAAAUACGAACCCGAGCAAAAAAGUAUCGAGAGAAAGCCCAAACUGAGGAGGGCGUCAGCCAUAAAACUGGAUGAGGCGGCUGUACAUUCUCUCAGAAACAGAUCGAAACUGCCAGUUGCCAAGCCUAGAAGCUCCGUUAAGAGCGAAAUAUACAUAUCCCACAGCAGACCGAUCCAACCCAAUUAUCGGUACACCCUGAACCUUAGUGAGAAACCAAGAGCGAAGGAUGAAAACUCAAACGAGGUUCUUCGAAAAACUAGCUCCAGCUCUGGAGAAUUCAUCACCAUAGUGACCCGGUCUGAGUCUGAAGGCAGCGUUGACAAACUAGAAAGGGAACUGAACUUGUUCACGAUGGACAGGAAACCCAAGGAAAAGAAACGCAGCAACAGCUUCAAGAAGAUCUUCAGCAGCAAAAUCUUCGGCAAAGAGAAGAAAAAGAAAGAGGAACAGCAGAACAAACUGCAAGAUAAACAGAACGCCGCCCGCAGCGAUAACAUACAAAAUGAAACGAAUGCCUUCGCCAGAGAUUCUCCUCACAGGCACACAACUGGGGGCAAUAGCCAACUCCCGAAGCCCACGAGGAUGUCGCGUAUCGACAGAAAUCAGCAACCAACCCAAACGAACUACGACAUGAAGGAAAUCGAACAAAAAUACGCUCAGAUGCACGUUAGGGAGUUCAACAACAUAAAGCAAAACUUCGACAAUCAACAGUCUGGUACUAAAGAAACACCGAUCAUCAUCAAUACUCCAGGGCCUCUGGAUUACAAGAAUAUGCCUAACAUCAAUAAGUUUAUCGACACCAGCUCCUCGAUGAGCACGCUAGAAUCGGACAGAAGUAACUCAAAUAAACAAGCGGACAAUGACACUAGCAAUAGAUUCAACAGGUUCGGCGAUAGUCACAGAGAAGGUAGUAGAGAUACCCCACCUAGAGCCCAAGAGCUCAGGCAAGAUCUCCGGCUGGUGAACCCCAGGGCACUGAUUCCUAUCAAUUCUGAGAGGCCUCUGCCGAACCCGUAUCAGAACCAAGGAAGUUUAUCGCCGCAGCCAAAAAGCAGUCCAAAGUGCAGCACGCCAACAAAAGCCAAUCCAUUCAGUUCUGAAGAAGGCGAAAGUAAACCGCACUUCGAAGAAGCUUAUGGAACUGUGUUUGACAGUCUGGUGGACAAAAACGUGGAGCAAAGAAGGCUCUCUGAUCAAAAACCACCUCGAUCGCCUUCCUUGGAGUCCAGUAAACUGAGGUUACCAUCGAACAGAGAAAUCACCCCGCUGUCUCCAAGGAUGAAGUCGCCUAUUCCUCAGCACCACGUCAGCACUGAGAAAAUAAUAGCGACGGAGCUGUUGAAGCCUAGAUCCAGAUCUCCAACUCCCACAAGAACGAAAAAGACCAGUCAACUGAGCCCUAGCCACCAGAAGUUAGAGCUUGGCAUCGACUAUCCCGAAAACAUAAGCUACGAAAAUAACGAACGCAGUCUGGAAGGGGGCGUUUUAGCUACGAAACCUCCCAUUUCCAGAAUUCCAGAACGAACACCUGUACACGUACAGAGAGUCAGCCAACAGUCCCCUAGUUUCGAGAAUCGAGCAAUUCGAUCUCCGUCAGUAGCGGAGUCGCAGGAGAAGGUCCUCACUAACGUCCAAAUCCAUACCAAUAGCAACCCCAGAACCCCCACUCCAAACAGUAUCUUACACAACCGUUCCUUAUCGCCUCUAGGUGCUCAGAGUUUGAGAUCAUCCACUCCAGAUAUGCGGGGCUCUUCAUCCAACAAGUCCCAGUCACCCCAGAAAGAAGAGAUGAGGAAAAGCGUUGAGGCGUACUACUGGAAAGAAAUCAAGAAGCUCAAAGAUCAAGAAAAUAUGGAUUUAUAUUAUUAUCAGUCGCAAAUGCCUUUCGGUUUUGCCGAGGAUCCUAUUCGCCGAAGAUCCAGGAGUACUUCCCCAUCUUCGCAGCGAAACGGUAGGAGAAGCCUGAGCUUGCCUAGAGACCCUAAACCUAUGAUGCAAAUGGAGAUCGUUGACGGCUACGGCAGGUUCCAACCCACCCCUAUACCUGAAGGCAGGGCAGUGACAAAUCGGCCUAAUGGUGCCUACUACCACACGGACUUCAGAAGGAAUGUCCCAGAGAGACGCACGAUAGAUACUUUUCCGAGGACAAACGGGAAUUACGCGAAUGGUUCGAGCAGGCCGAUUUUCAAAAGGGGCAGUCUCACAACUCCUUUGAGGGAGAUGUCGGAAGAUCAGCAGAACAAAAAAGUUAGCUUCGGUAACCCCAGACAAGACCCUCUGAGUAAUCAAGCCUGGCCGACGAAAAAUGGUUUCACACAGAGCCCACCCCAGAGGAGAAUGGAGAAAAAUAGACUCGUCAGUCUGGAGGAUGAUGUGUUUUUGCCGAAUCCUCCACAAGCAAGUAAGCUUGUAGUAGACGGAAGGGAAAUUUACGGUUACGCCAACAGGCCUUAUGGCAUUGUGCAUAACUACGAAAAUGCCGUCAGGCAACAAGCGGCGCAACAUCCUCAGUACCCAGGUUUGGGUUACCGACAGGAAUCAGUGUAUGGUUCCAGACAGCUCCCUCCCCAAGAGGAAAUUUACUACGGCCAUGUAGAUACUGCCGGAGUACCCCAAGGUCUGACUCGACAUGGUUCCUUGCAGCUCACAGAACCCUUAUAUGUUCAACAGAGGGUUCCUAGGAGGUUGUCUCAAGGCAACGCCCAAGUUUCUGGAAUGCGGCCUGGUAUAAGACAGGCUCCUGGCUUUCCUGGUCCACGGAGGCAGAUCAUCGUCCAAGACGACAUUUACGGCCAGUUUGCAGGCUACAUCGUCGAUAACGAGCAAAACUCCGUGUAUGCAUCCCGACAAAGUGUAACGGAAUCUCCUUACGGCUACAGCCAAGGCGUGCCCAGGCAGGUUUCAGUCAAAAAUAAGGUUUGUGAUAUCUACGGGCAGAUACACGAUAGAGACAGCCCUAGUUUGACCAAGCCAAAUCACUUGAAGCAGACCGGGGUUAUUCUGGGGCAGCUGCAAGGCUCCCCUCGAAUGGUUCGGCAAUCUCACGGCCAACUUGCGAGUCAGAACUUCGUUCGCAACUCCAGGCUAACCGCCAGUGCCAACGAUAUGUACAGGAGACAUCAGAAUGUGGACCCGAGGUAUGUUAAUAGUGCAAUGUAUGGUAGGGAGGAUCCCGCCCCAAAUAGGCCUUUGCCGCCUGUUCCUACAGACAAAAGAGUGAUGAUGCGACACAGUCUUGAAAACAGUUCCAAUGCUAGUGAUAUACAAAGGGUUAAUAGUAUUAAUGGCAAAAGUAAAAAGCGCGGCUUGUUUGGUUAUCGCGCUGAUGAUUUGUCAAAUUCCCAUUUAUCAAGAAUUGAUGAAGAAACCAAAGGAUUGUGUGCUACAAAACUGGAGCGUUUGGUACUUUUAGAAAAACUUCAACUGCUCAAAAUGAAGCAACAGAUAGAAAUUGAGAAAAGAGAAAAUAGAACUUCUGCAACAUUCUACGAAACAUCAGAUGAUACCAAUAGCAAACAAUAUUCAAGUAAUCAUUUCGAUUAUUCUGAAAGUCCGCUAGAAUCAGAAGAUACUCAGAAAUUGAACCUCGCUGACUUAAAGAGAGUUGUCCUUCUAGAGGAACUAUAUUUGGUCAGAAUGAAAUUACGUAGGAAAAGAUUUUGAUUUCAUGAAUCAAAAUUUAUAUUUCCUCUACUCGAAAUUAAACAUUUGUCUGUAAGUUUUAGAUGAUUAUGUGAAAUAUAUUAUUAUUGAAUUAUUA